AUGCCACAGGAAGGCCUCCUGGCAAUUAUCAUGGACGUCUGCAAGUUGCACGUCAACGACGCCCUUCACGACCUACAACGUCCAGCCGAGCCGGUCCGGACCUCGACUUUCGGAACAAUCCCGACCUGGGAACGGAAAACUUCGUACCUGGAACUGGACUCCUCGGACGAAGAAGACGAGGCCCCGGGAGCAUCGGCGCCGCGGAUUUCCAACGUUGACACUAGCGAUUGGGAGAAAGUGAGCCCACUUCCGCUUCGGGCCCGGCCGCGGAGGAAGUCCAAGGAACACAACGACCAGUGGGCAACUGAAAAGGAACAGACCAAGACCCACCUGACAGAGAUCAUCAAGGGCCACAUCGGCCGCCAUAUGUACCUGAUCCGGCUAUGCCGAGCCUUGAUGCUCUAUGGAGCACCUACACAUCGCUUGGAAGAAUACAUGUCGACCUCGGCUCAGGCCAUAAGAGUCAACGCGCAGUUCCUGUACGCGCCCAACUGCAUGCUGAUAUCAUUCCUGGACAAGGGUACCCAAACCACCAAGAUGACCAUGGUCACCUCUCCCCAAGGGAUCGACCUCGGACGGAUGAGAUGCGUCCACGAGAUCUACCUCAACGUCUUGCACGACGCCAUCACGUUCGACGAGGGCACGGGCCGCCUAGAAGAGGUGAUGAGCCGGGAAAGGCGAUACUGCGACUCCCUCUGCGUCCUGAUGUACGGCUGUGCGUGCGCCUGCGUCGCCCCGUUCGGCUUCCUGGGCCGGUGGGUCGACCUCCCCGUGGCCUUCGUCCUCGGGUGCGUCCUCGGGCUGAUGCAGCUCUACUUCGCGCGCAACCGCCUCUUCUCCAACGUCUUCGAGAUCGUCGCCUCCAUCGUGAUAUCCUUCCUCGCCCGCGCGUUCGGCUCGAUACGGGGCGGGGGCCUCUUCUGCUUCUCGGCCCUGGCGCAGGCCGGCAUCGCGCUGAUUCUCCCUGGGUACAUGAUUCUGUGCGCGAGCCUUGAGCUUCAGACGCGCCACCUCAUUGCCGGUGCGACGAGGAUGAUGUACGCCAUCAUAUACACGCUCUUCCUCGGUUACGGCAUCACAAUCGGAUCUGUCUUGUAUGGUGCGCUGGACAAGGACGCAACGAGCGAGACCGCAUGCUCGGCCCCUUUGCCAAAGGAGUGGAAUCUUCUGUUUGUGUCCUUGUUCACCAUCUGCGUCGCGAUAAUCAACCAGGCGAGAUGGGAGCAGAUGCCUGCUAUGCUCUUGAUCUCCGUCUCUGGUUACGCGGUGAACUGGCAUGCUGGCUAUUACUUUAAGGGCGCUUCCACGGUAUCUAAUACGCUUGGGGCCAUGGCAAUUGGCGACGUGGAGGGCGGCGGCUGUUCGGGUCAAACCAACUCGGGUCCUCGAGAUAUCCCACAACAGACCCACCCGAGGGUCGGCUACGGCGUUGCGGGGGCAGCGAUGCUGCCUGCGAUAUUUGUACAGGUCCCCAGUGGACUGGCGGUUGGGGGUAGCCUGCUUGCAGGCAUCAAGAGCGCCGACUGGAUUAUCUCGGAGGAGGUGGGCGAGUCGGCAGUUGAGGAUCUUACUGCCUCGACAGACAUCGCCAUGAGCGUGACCACCCAGGUGAUCCAAGUUGCCAUCAGCAUCUCGGUCGGUCUCUCUAUCAGCGCACUACUGGUCAACUUGCCUCUCGACUACUGGAGAAAGAGAAAGGCUGGUAUUUCAGCUUUUUGA